AUGGCACCAAACAUACAAGAAACAGACGACAAGGAUAGGACGCGACAUGAAUUGAAUUGGUGGCAGACAAUUUGCUUACGAUGCCAUCAGAGCGAUACUACGCCAGCUUGGGAGCCAUCUUGGUGGGGUAAAUUGUUCCCCUUUCCUUUAUUCCCGACAUUUCGACAAGCAGCCCAGCAGAUAUGCAUCAUAAUAUUCUUUUUCCUUAUAUGGGGUAUACUUUACGCAGAAAUAGGGGAGCCCGUUGGCCUGAAUGGAGAGUUACUUAGUAUGACAUUACUAGUCAUAGCAUCGUAUUUAGUUGGGUGGAUCUGGUUAAAAGUUACCACUUUACCAGCUCUGAUUGGCAUGUUACUUACUGGAAUACUCUUUCAAAACUUGCACUUGGUGAAUAUGACAGACACUUAUCGACAACUUAAUCAAGAUCUAAGGAAAGUGGCUCUAGUCAUAAUAUUAAUGCGAGCUGGGUUGGGCCUAAACGCUGAUGUCUUAAAAAAACAUUACAUAGCGGUAUUACAACUGGGUCUUUUGCCUUGGCUUGUUGAGUGUGUCGCCAUUGCGAUUAUGACACAUUAUCUACUGCAUUUACCUUGGAUCUGGGGCUUCCUGCUUGGUUCAAUGAUUGCAUCAGUGUCUCCAGCAGUAGUAGUCCCUUGCUUGUUUAGGCUUCGCGAAGUAGGCUUCGGAGUCCAGAAGGGUAUCCCUACUCUUCUCCUCGCUGCAGCGUCCAUUGAUGACUCCGUCAGUGUUGCCGUUUUUGCUAUUAUAUUAAAUGCUAUGUUUUCUACCGGUUCAGCUACUUUCAAUAUUAUAAAGGGUCCAUUGUCAAUUGUGGUGGGAAUCGUUUUUGGUGGACUUUGGGGUAGUUUGACGGCAGUGAUUCCGGAGAGAGGGGAUAGAUAUGUUGUUUCCUUAAGAUUCUUAGCCCUGUUUCUCGGAGGAUUAUUUUCACUUUUUAUUUCUAGUUUAAUAGGUUGGAGUGGGGCAGGACCCUUAGCAAUAGUAUCAUCUGGAUUUAUGGCUGCCUAUUUCUGGGAACAACAAGGUUGGCCAGUCAAUAACAACCCAGUGAGCAACUUAUUUAGAAUACUUUGGAUUUUCUUUGAACCAAUACUCUUUGCGUUCACAGGGGCUCAAGUUACGCUAAGUGCAUUAGAUCCAGAUGUUAUAUCAAUGGGAGCAAUUUGUCUAUUAUCUUGCUUGGUUUUGAGGGUAGUUGCAACAUUUCUGGUUAGCUUUGGAUGUGGACUGAAUUCGAAAGAAAAAUUGUUUAUUGGGCUAACAUGGAUGGCUAAAGCAACUGUUCAGGCAGCCUUAGGGCCUGCUGCUCUAGACCAAAUAAAUAACGGUAAAACAGCUGGUGAUCCUCACGAUGCAGAAGAAAUAUACGGGAAAACAAUUCUAGCUAUGAGCGUCCUCAGUGUUAUGAUCUCGGCACCAGUUGGUGCCAUCCUGAUAGCGUUAACCGGACCAAGAUUGCUUAGCAAAGAAUCACACACAAAAACUACUCAAAGUGUAGACUUAUCUCAAAGAUCUCAAGAACACGGGUCGACAGAAUUAUGA